AUGGAUAAAUUCCAACGAUUACGACCCGUUGGUCGAUUGGAACAAUACUCCACCUCGCGCCACCAUCUCAAGUUCUACAACAACGUCGCUGUAUCAGCGACAUAUACACUCCCGGAAUCAUGUUCACUGCCUGUAAAGGAUUACGUAUACAAAGCAUGCGAAGUCCUCAUCGGCCAACAUCCGAUCUUAUCCGCCAUCCCCGUGGACGAGGAUACCAAAACGCCGUACUUUGUGCGUCUUCCUGAGAUUGAUCUCGAUCAGGCGAUUUCUUUUCAGUCACGCCAAAAUGGACAUCCCGAGUCUGAUGAGGAAGAUUCCGAGCUUGAAGCAUUACUGCAAGUUCAGCAUAACACGCCGUUUUCCGCUCCGUCUCCGUUCUGGAGAUUGUGUGUUCUAACCGAGGCUGAGGCUGCGGAACGCUUCACGGUGGCCUUUGUAUUCCACCAUGCUAUCAGUGAUGGGGGGUCGGGAAAGGCGUUUCAUAAGACGUUCUUGCAAGCGUUGCAUGAUACGGCUUCAUCGUUGACCUCUGGAGAAAUAAAACGAUGUAUCCCAUCGCCUCAAACUCCCCUCUUACCGAAUAUAGAGGACCUCCACUCCAUGCCCCUCUCCAUCCCUUACCUCCUCACGGCCCUCUUCAAAGCAAAGGUCUACUCCUGGCGCGAUCCAGGCCUAUGGACGGGAUCGGAGAUUCGUACACCCUUAAAGUCUUUUCUGCGACAUAUCGUCCUCCCCAAACACAUCUCUACAUCAUUCAAGGAACGUUGUCGGGAGAAUACCACCACCAUCACCGCGGCGUUGGAAACCGUCCUCGCGUACUCCCUUUUCACGCAUCUACCAGGCACUUUCACAAAAUUGCACUGCCAGGGCGCUAUGUCCGCUCGUCGCUGGUUACCGGAUUCCAUCACUGAUGAUGUAAUGGGUGUUUGGGUCCAGAAUUGGAAUGAGAGUUUCUCCCGUGAGAAGUUCAAGGAUGGUUCUGAUUCACUCUUUCCCUGGGAUGAAGCGAGACGAUCCCGUCAGACGAUCGAAACCAUACUCGGUCUCAAGGGCAAGGAUACGUCUGUUAACCUACUCAAAUACGUUGAUGACUAUCACCAGGAACUUUUCUUGUCAAAAGUCGGCCAGCAACGGGACGCGAGCUAUGAGGUGUCGAAUAUUGGUGUUCUUGCUGUGGAGGGGGUGGGUGAUUCUUCGAAACUGCAAAUCGGGCGUGUGGUCUUUUCGCAGUGUGCUAGUGUUGCUGGAGCUGGUGUUGAGGUUUCAGUUGCUAUGGGUGGGGAUGGGUGUUUGGUGCUGGCAUUUUGUUGGCAGGAGGGUGUUGUGGAGUUGGAGUUGAUGGGGGCGGUUAUUGAGGAGACUAAAAGGGUUUUGUAUGGGCUUUGUGUGUGA